UAUCAGAAAGGCCAGCCUAACUCGUGGGGCAGCAGAAAUAACCCUGAACGCUGGAAACAUCAGACUAGCGGGCAGUCGUGUUGUGCGUCUCAUAGUGUUAACUAGUGACAUCAAACAUGGUUCUGGAUACUGAAGACUGGGCUGAUGAGCUCCCCCCAGAACAGAUUGCCGUCCUGCGCAAGGCGUUCGAUGGCUUCGACCACAACCGCUCGGGCAGUAUCCCCUGCGACUUCGUCGCCGACAUCCUUCGGAUGAUGGGGCAGCCCUUCAACAAGAAGAUCCUUGAAGAGCUCAUCGAGGAAGUCGAUGCUGACAAGUCCGGCCGUCUUGAGUUCGGAGAGUUCGUGACCCUGGCUGCCAAGUUCAUCGUUGAGGAAGAUGCUGAAGCCAUGCAGAAGGAACUCAGGGAAGCGUUCAGAUUAUACGACAAGGAAGGCAACGGUUACAUUCCCACAUCAAGCUUGCGCGAAAUCCUUCGUGAGUUGGACGAGCAGCUGACAGACGACGAGCUGGACGGCCUCAUCCAGGAGAUCGAUACCGACGGCAGCGGCACCGUGGACUUCGAUGAGUUCAUGGAGAUGAUGACAGGAGAAUAAACUUGUACAUCUACACACUUUUAUAUAUUUAUAUUAUGAUCUAAUGUAAGGAAUCUCUAAUACAUUUCGGUACUUCAACUUUCGAGUCUUGGGAACAUUGGACGAGAUCACUUCAUAGCGAUGGAAUGAAAACAUCAACUGUUUCAUUGGUCAAUAUCAUUAAAGUAUUAUGUAUGUAUUGUACAAAAUAAUAUUUUGUUCUUGUUUAAUUGAUGUGUGUGAUUGCGUAUAAUGUUUAUAUCUACUUUAUUAAUAAAUCUUUUAUUCUAUUA